UAAAAACACACAAAAAUAAACGAAAGCAGUACAACGCUGCAUUACACACACGCCAGCUCAGGUAUGAAUGUAUACGUACAUACGCGUACAUUCCAUGGACGUAGACGUGAUUAGAUUAGUAGGUAAAUGUAUAUGCAUGUAGGUGAACCAAUACAGCUGAUUGCACGCACAAAGAAAAUACGCCAAUUAAAUGGUCAGGUGUUUAAUUGCGAUUAUUGUAAGCCACAUAUGUAUCCACAAUAAACCCCUUCUGCACACCUGACUACGCCCAUGGUACAUACGGUGUUCGUUGAGUUGGCGAAGCCGACUACGAAUGAACGAAACAAAAACGAUGAAGAACAGAACAGAAGGCGAUGAAACCGAAACGAAAACCGUAUGUAUGAGCGUGUGUGUGUGUGGCGAGGGACGGAAGAGAACAACGCGCCUGUUGCAAAAUUUCAGUGCUGCACUCUCAUUCGUGACGAAAGGAUGUACGCCCGGUUGUAGUCGAAUGAAUCCGUGUACAUCAUCACCCCCCCAGAUGCCACGUGGCUCUGGAUCCGUGGAAAACUCCACCCUGGAAUCUCACGGCCUGCAAUUGCUCGAGAUGCCUGGAAAGGAGGAAUACGAGGAGCUGCGCGAACUUCUGCAGUCGUGGGAUGUCGCCGAUCUGCUGCCACACCUGCAAGAUGAAGCCAUCAACGUGGACGAGCUGCAGAUGAUUAAGCGUCAUCAUCUGUCCGAGUUGCUGCGAAACUUUCGCUUUGGAACCCGCAUUCGCUUCGAGCACCACUUGGAGCGCUGGCGCCGCUGGCUGAACGUACCGCUCCAGGGCGCCCAGGGGCAGGGAUCUAGCCACUGCUCCGGCUGCCGCUGCCCGGAGAUUCUGGGCCAGUCACAUUGCCAGGGACAGUCGCCGUUGCCCAUGGACCACCCUUCAGAGCAGGAUGAGGUACAUAAACUGGAAGAUCUGGCCAAGACCAUACCGGCAGAAUCGCUGGUGGCCCUCAGUGAGCACAGGGAGAUGCCGGUGCCCUUUCCAUUGCCCUUGGUUCAUCCGCCUGCGCAGAUAACCAACGACAUGAUGAUGGUCAAACAGGAGCUGUUGCCGAUGCAGCAACCUAGGAAACAACCUGAAGCCGUAUCGAUGGCUGGGUCUUCAGGAGGAGCCUCGCUCUGCAAGGAGGAUGCAAUUGCCGCUCCCGACCAAGAAGUUAGCAUUUUGGGCAUUCUGCGAUCCUCGGGUAUGAAGGCUCAGAGCUUGCUGGAGCGUAUUGGCCAAAACGAGCCGCUCGAUGCAGUGCAGCGCCUUUUGCUCAUACAACUGGUGUGCAGCUACUACGAGGAGAACCAGCUGCACCUGACCCUGCAGAGGAGUCACUUGCUGGAACGCGAGAUACUGCAACUCUUCCCGCAGGAACAGCUCAGCUACUACCGCACCGAGCGGAGGGGCAAAAUCUACGUGAGAUUCACCAACAUGAAGCGAAGCAAGAGGCUCAGUUCGUCGCGCCAGGAGCUCAAACGACGCCGUUCCGAGCUGACAAGAGCGAUUCCAGCUGGUCAAGUACACGAUGCUAGUGGUAAUGUGACCUUUGCGGGAGACCAAAUCUCCAGUCCAGAUCGCUCCGAUUGAGCUGGCUUGUUAUGCAGUUAAGCAGCUGAACCCAAAGCCUUAACGCAAUGCUUAUCCCUAAGUCUAAGUAGCUACUCGAUGUGUAAUUUCUUGACUUUAUAUCUGUGAACCGACCAUAUAGAGGGUAUUUUGCGGGUCGACGCGAUCCGCCGACUGACGAAACUAAAUCGAAACUGAAUUUUGGUUA